AAAAAUCUAAACGUUUCCAGAAAAAUCUAAACAGAACCUUCUAGCUUUUCCAGCACCUUCUAAAUCCUAAUCGAACCCAAUAUUAUAAAUACCCAAUUUAACCAUCUUCAUCUUCAUCUUCAUCUUCAUACACAAAGACUCUGUAAGUCACCAAAAACUUUAUCAAUCAACAAAAAAAAAAAAUGAAGCCAGUAACGAUCAAAACAGAGUGCAGAGCAAACGAAGAAGGACGAAAGCACGUUGAAAAACUCGAAAUCGAUACAAAAAACGUCGAUACAGUUAAGUAUGUCGAAAAAAAAUUGAUGGAGAAAGGGGUGAAGAGAUUGGAGCGGCAUCCGGCGGAUGGGUUGCCGUUAAAGCAUGAUCCAAAAAAGGGGCACGGAGGAAAAUACACGUGGGAAGGACCCGAUAAGGAAGCAGAUAAUGAAUUGGAUCCAGUGCCUCCAGCGUUGGAUGAGAAGGAUCCGAAUUAUGUGGAUGAAGAAGAAACCAAGGAAGAAAUGGAUGUAAUUGAAGUAGCGAAAUUGGCAGGAAAAGGUGUUGCUAGAAUAGAUGUUGAUCCUAAUUUGAAAGUUAAUUAAUGAUAAUUGAAUGUUGUGAUUUGAAAAAAAAAUAAAAAUUUGUGUGAUUUGGGUUGUUAAUUACUUGUAUUUAGUAUGUAAAGAUGAUCUUGUGAUGCAAUAAUAAGUGCAGGUUUUAGACUAAAAUUUCAUAACA